UUACGUUUAGUUUUAAAAUGUGAAGCAAUUGUUUGUCAACAAAUUAAACAUGGAGCCAUGUGAGUUGGACAUAGAAAAUGCAGUUUUCCCUAAGAAGUUUAAAUACAAAGUUCUUAAAAAGAGAAAAAUAGAUUCCCAAAACUUUGAAUGUGAACUGAGAAUUGCUUUAAAUGACUACGAUGAUGUCAAGGAAUGGUUUAAACAUUUCAAAGGAAACACCAACACUGAAUGGCUAUUAAGACAAAGUACAACAUGUGAAGAAAAUGUUCUUAAUCAACUCUAUGUGUGUCAAAAUUCAUCAUUCGGUAAAAAAAGAAAAUUCGAUGAUGAUGAAGGUACUAAAUUAGAUUUUAACUGCAAAGCAGCUAUUUCUGUGAAAAUAAAAAAGGGUGGCAAAAGAACUUACUACCAAGAUGAAUAUGUGAAAAGAGGUUACAAAGGUAUUAUGAGAAUUUGCUUCAUUCAUACUCAUUUGAUUGAUAAAACCGAGGUACUUAAUAUGGCAAGGCAAAUAGAGGAAACUAAAAAAGCAUUCAUUGGGUAUUUUACAGAAGGAAUGUCUCCAAGUGAAGCUAUUAGAAACCAUGAAGAGAUCUUGCUUUUAGAAGGUCAUGAAGAUUUAGGAAAUAGUAGGAAAAAUCCAUCAGAGGAGUGGGUUUAUUCUCUUUAUGAAGAAUGGACCAAGGAAAUUGAAAAUCGUCUGCAGUUGGAAUCACAACUUACAAGAGCAUCAGUAUUCUGGAGGCUUCAGAAUCGACCGACUCAACCUCCAAACAAUAGCAAAUCUAAGAAUAUUGUGAAAUUGUGCAAGUUCGCAGAAGAUAUAAAUGGCAUGCAGAUACCUGCUGACCUUCACGUUUCAGAUAACGAUGACGAUGACGACGACAAUGAUGAUGAUGAUGAAGAUAGUGAUUCUGAAAACCAAUAUGAUAGCUAUGAUGAAGAUAGUUCACCACAAGUCUCUUCCAGUUAUAUGAGUGUUAACACUGCUUCUCAUCAAGCAACUGCUAGUUGUGCUCCUCUGAAACUGAAUGUUCCAAAUAACAUUAACAUUACUAGAGGCUGCACAUUGCAGGUUAUUAAGAAUAAUAAUGGAGGCAAAAAGAGUAAUAGUGGUGGGAGAAUAAUAGUGGAGGCAAUUGGAAAGAGUACCAAUUCUAGUCAAGGCAACUCUGUGCAAAUUAUUACAACAAGCCAUGAAGAUAAUAAAAAAUCAGUGUUUAAAGUUCUAACAGUAACUGCAAAUUCUAGGAAGUAUACUAAUUUAGAAUUAGGAAAAACUUUUCGUAUUGUAAAUACUCCUAAAGUGAACCGUAGAUCUGUGAAAGAUGAUAAUGUUAUUAUUAACUCUAAAGAGUGUCAGAAUGUUUCAAAAAGUCUGCCAAAAUGUGAAAAUGCUACCAAAGUAAACAGUAUACCUUUUAUAAAAAACAGUGAUGAGGAUAAUUUAAAGACUAGCACUAAUAUGAAACCAGUAUUUGUGAGAGUUCAAAAAGGUGAUGGUGAUGAAGAGGCAUCCUCUUUAGUAAAAUGUCAUAAAGCUCAAAAAGAUACCGAAACAGUACUGCAGCAUGCUCUUACAAAAUUUAAGAACUCUGAUAAUAAGAAUGAUAAUAUUCCUUACAAAAAUAAGCAGGCUUUUCAAGGAAAUAAAGUGGCUUGUCCUAGAUCUGAUAUUCAUGAUGAAAGUAUGAAGCCAGUAUUAAAAAACUGUGUUCAGAAUUUUGUACGCAGUCCUCUUUCUGAAAAUGUUUCUGAUACUAAUAUUGUUUUAAAGAAUGGGCAAAAUCAAGGCAUUAAAAAUGACAGUUAUUGCCCAAAGCAAGUUUCCAGAAAUGUAAGUAAUAACAUUCAACAAGGUCCUGUGAAAAGAGUUAUAACCGUUACUAGAUAUAGUGUUUCAUCUCACUCUGGUAAUCCGUCCAAUAAUAAGAAAAGAGACAAAAACGAUUUGAAAAAUAAUGAUCAGCAGAAAGAUAAUAAAAGUAUUCAAUUUCCAGACUCUGAAAUGUUGUUUCAAAAUCGUGAACAACAGUUUGAAAAUCUUGAAAAACUUAAUAACACAAAUAAAAUCACUCCGAAAUCCACAAAUGAUUCUUUUGAUAAUUGUAAUAUUAGUUCUUUAGUUCCAAAAAAUUAUUGUGAUAAUGCUCAAUCAUGUUCCUCUUCAUCACUUGAAAGUUUACCCCAAGUACUCCUUGAAUCUGGUAGUGUACAAAGUAUAACAAAUCCUAUUAGUAGUGUAGUGCAAGGUCUUGGUUUGUCAAAACCUAUGUUAUUUGACAAUGUUCCAAACCUUCCAAAGCAUGAUGCUGUAGUUACUUCUAGUUCUGCUUUAUGUCAUGAAGAUCUGCUCAGUGAUGUUCAUCAUGAAAGUGCAUUUCAAAAUUCCAGCUACCUUGAGAGACUUCCUAUUCAGGGCUGCCCUUUCCCUCUUCCAGAAGAUUUGGACCGAACUUCAGCAGUAGAAAAAAGUUCAUAUAUGGGAAUUCAAGGUGGUGGAGAUUCCCAGAUGUUUCCUCUUCCAUUUUCCAAAGAUCUGUAUGACUCUGUUGAAAAGAAUGAUACACAGAUUCCUGUGAAUCAGGAUGAAAGUGAUGAUUCAAAUCACUCAUUGAUGUUGUCUGAAACAUUUUGUAAUAACAAUGAUCCACCAUAUAUUCCUGAAAACUCUGGAAAUCACAGUAUUAGUAAUGAUCUAAGUUACUCUUUGCAUGAUCCUGAUUUCAUUGUUAGUUGUAAUGACAUUAAUUCCUCACAAUUACCGGCAGGACUUGAUAUAAGUAAUGAGGAUAGCCUGCAAAACAUGUUUCCUGACUUAAGAAAACUUGAAAAUGAAUUGAAUAAUUUCAAUUUCGAAUUUCCCACAAUCCCAAAUCAUGAGCCAAUGGAUUUAUGCAGUAGUCAGGCAUCAGUCGGCAAUCAACUCAGUUUAUUAAAUACAUGUACAAAUUCUCUUCCAGAAUUGCAAGUUAAUCCUCUUUCUUUAUUUGGGAAUUCUGAAGACAAUAUUUUACCCAUACCUGAAAAUUUAAAGGGUAACAUUGAAGAUAUUGAUAUUUUGAAAAAUAUUCUUAAUAUAAAAUGCAACAAAUUGGAAAAUAGUGAAUUAGAAGAAUUUUUCCAACAACCUGAAUAUCAUAAUCAUAAGGAAAUUUUGGAAAAGUGGGACUCUGAAAUGUAUCGAUUGAGAAGUUUGUUGGAACAAAAUGUUCAUGAUGGAAGAUUAAUGAGAGAAGCAAAUCAGUUUUUGGAAAGAAUCAAAGAGAGUAUUGUUACUCCAUCAGAAUUGGCAAUCUUCUUCAGUUCUGCAUGUAGUUUGGAGAGUCAGAAAGAAAAACAUUAAAUUUGUAGGUGUGUGUAGAAUAUUAGAAGAGCUUGUUCUUGUUAAUAUAUAUAUAUAUAUUACAGUUUUUAUUAAUUUGGUACUUUUAAUAAUUUAAAUAAAAUAUUAUUCUAUUA